AAGUGCAUCAGUUUUGAAUGAGGGAUGGCGGAGGUUUUGUUGCAUGUUCUCUGCUCUCACAGCGAGGCAGAGAGCAGGAUUGAUAUAGCCAAGGGUUGGGGAGCCAGGGACCUAGGGGCUUGCCUGCUGCUGGGUGAGGAGUCCCCUGGGAGGAGAUCCCUCCUGUUCCUGGCGGCGGCCGAAGCCGCAGGCCAGUGGGGGAAGCGAGUGCUCUUCCUCUCCCCGAGCCCGGUGCAGGCGCUGCCCGCCCCGCUGCUGCUGCUGGAGCCCGGUAGCCUCCGGAGGAUUCAGUUCGCCUACCCCAGGACGGCGGGGGGGCUGCUGGAAGCGUUAGCGUGCUUGCAUGAGAGCCCCCGCAGCCUGCUGCCCUCUCUGCUCUUGCUGGACGGGCUGGACCGGUACUUGCAGGGCUGCGGGCAGGACACGCCUCAGCAAGCGGCCAGGAUCGCUGCCCUGCUCCGGGACAGUGCCUGCUGGCUCAGUGAGAAACUACAGCCCGGUACAGAGUGUCAGGUCAUUGCAACACUGAAGGCUCCGAUUCAAGAAGACAAUGCGGCAGAUCCGUUCCUGCCUAUUAUCGAGCGCUACAUUCCAGUGAAGUGCACGGUGAGAGAGGAGCUGUGCAAACCAGACGGGGCCCAGCGUUAUCUCAUAUCCUUCUCGGGGAUGGGGACCAAUGAGGCCGAAGGGCCUUCUGUAUCGCAAAAUGUGGAGGACUGUACCUGGGAACUGCUCUACGAGGCUGAUAAAGCAUCAAGAAUCCGUCUUGUACCUAGUGAACAGAGGGAAAACAAAAUGAUUGAGGGAUUAGAGGGAGGGCCCACCAACUAAUUUCACGUCUGCUUCCAUGAGUACAUGAGACUAAAUCCUCCAGUUUCAAGUCCAAAUUCAGCUCUCUGUGCUACUAAUGUCUUUAUUUCUACUUAGUGUGUUAUUCAAAACACUGGCCUGUGGGAGUUAUCACCUUUUAGAGAGCAUGUUAAGUCCAAGGUUCUCUCAGUCCCCCCAAAAGGGCAGAGAGGUCUCAGUCAAUGGGAAUAUAAAGUCAGAAGCCUGAGGGAAAUCUCUUGAGCUCCUCUUUAAUUUGUACCCCAGGAUCUUUUGUAUACUAUAAUUCGGUACAGCACAGGAACAGGCCCUUUAGCCCACCAAGCCUGCGCUGAUUCUAAGCCUUAUUUAGACUCACUACUUAUUGCCUAUAUGCAGUUUCGAUCCAUCUGUUUGUCUCCUGUUCAUGUGUCUACCAGGAUGCACCUUAAAUGUUGCUAACGUGCCUGUUUCCACUACCUACCCUGGCAGCGUGUUCCAGGCACUCUCACCCAAAGUGUGAAAAAUUUCCCCUGCGCUUCUCCACUAAAUUUUCCCCUUCUCACCUAGAACCUGUGCCCUCUUGUAGUUGACCUUUUCCACCUUGGUGGGGGGGGAACCCCUGACUAUCCACCCUAUCAAUGCCUCUCCUAGUUUUGUAGACCUCUAUCAGGUUGCCCCUUAGCCUCCAUCUUACCAGUGAAAGCAAAUCGAAUUUACCCAACUCAUCAUAACGAAGGCUGUCCAGACCAGACAACAUCCUGGUAAAACUUCUCUGCGCCCUUUCCAAAGUAUCCACAUCCUUCCUAUAGUGCAGCGACCAGAGCGGCAUGCAAUAUUCCAAAUGUGGCCAAACUAAAGUCUUGUACAGCUUCUGUGUCUGCCUGAGAGAGCAGCGAGCCCGUUGCUUUAUUGUCACCCAACAUACCAGGAUUGUGUGAGGCGUGCGUGGGGAUCAAACCCACAACCUCUGCUUCGAAGACGCAGGUGUGACCACUGAUACCCUUUUCAUUUCGACUUGGUGCCCUGUUUGAAAAAUCUAUAGCUCCAUUGAAACACCUUAACAUCCGUUUUGCCGAUACGGCCAGGUACCCUUUGAGAUCUUAAAGUAUGUUCAUCAGGUUACCUUUCCUCAUCAGGGAGGUCAGUGUUUCUGUCUUUUUCAGAAGCUAAGUUGCCUGUGAAGAGAAAUGAAAGUAGCCCAUUAUUAUUUAUUAUUAGUUUAGCUCUGUGAUGAGAGGGACCUUAGCUCCAGGAAAAGAAAGUAUUCAAAGUGUUGAGAAAUUAAACUUGUGUUAACCUCUCAGGAAGGUGAGACCUGAGGAACCUGAAAUGUAGAAGUGUUUUGGGGGCAGGUGUAGUUACUGUUAAGCCUUUCCAGACAACAUUACAAAGUUGCAGAUUACAGGGGAACUGGGAAGAUCUUCACUGCGUCGGAUGGCCUUUUUCCUGACUUUGAUUUAGCGCUAUGCUGAAUUUUACAUAUUGCUAAUCUCGUCUAAUGCCUGUAACAGACUCAGGGCCUUGCCUGGGACAGAGAGCCCAGCAUGGCUUUACCCCUGGGGAUUUGACCAGUUGGCUUUGUCUGAGGAUUGGACAGCAAAGUUCAAACGCCUGGACUCUGACAGUUGAAACUUAGACCUUCCUUUCAAACUGGCUGUUUUUUAUAUAUACAUAUAAAGUUCCCUUCAAACCUUGCAUCACUCUGAAUAAAAAUAAACUAGCUUGAAUACAUAAAGAAAUCAAAGCGGUUUCUAAGGGUCAGGGUGAAGGAACUGAGUGUCAUGGACACUGCGGUGUCUAUAUCAAUAAGUAAUUCAUUGGCCUUGCAAAGUCCAAGAUCGUGAAUAUUGCACCUUGGUUAAUACACUCUCCUUGCUAUAAUAACUAGUGCAUGGGUCUUUGAUCCUUGAUCCUGUCAUAUUCUGCCCCAUCGCUUUUUAUGCAAACCAGGCCACGAGAGUACUUUACCCCCUGUCUAUCUGCAAUGACCCGCAAAGAUAAGCCAACUUUCUGUCUCAUGGUCAUAACAUAAUGGGUUGUCUGAUCUCACUGUGAAUCUGUCAGGCCCCAAGUUAAUUCCUCUCCCCUCAGUGGAAACUGGGGAGAAGGGGGACAAACAGUGGGUUGUUGGGGGAAGAAACAACAGUUCAUUUAAAAAGGGGCAAUCUCUGACCACACUCUGAUCCAGCAAAACAUUCCUGGUGUGUCUCACUGCUUGCUAUGGGGAAAUGUAGAUCAUAUCCCAAUGAUUGAGGCCUGUCAGAGCAAUGACCCUGGGGAUCAGUAAGUCCCUGGCAACUCUCAUCAUUCGCCAGCUUUGGCAGGCCUUAUCUGUACCAUAAUCGUCCCAGUCGUUGCUAUUUUACAAUCGGGGUCAGUGAUGGGCCUGGGCAGGUUUGGGCCUGGCUGUUCUGUUGACCGCUCUCCAUUCACCAGCCAGAGAUUCCAGCACUCAAGCUGUUGCCACUGUGAGUUAUUCCUGUGGCGACGUUUAAUGAUACCCUGGUUGGGUUGUGUGGUUUCCCCACUUAUUCAGUAGCUAAGCAGUUACGCAUCCAGAAGAUCAUGGUGCCUUUGGCCCUGUAGGAGGGGUGGGGUGGAGGAAUUGGACAGGGACAGCAGUUUAUUCCUAGGCUCUGGACGGGUAAAGUUUGCUUCCCAACUUCCAAUUGCUGAACCGUGAUCCCCGACAGCAAGUACUUGAGCUCCUGUGUGCAACAGCCCUUCUGGUUGACCCUCACUAUCCAAGGCCUCAGGAACAACGUGACAAUUUGCUGGCAGUUUGGGAGUACAACCUGUCGACUCCUUCAAAAAAAUGUCAUUUAUUUCUCUAACCUGAUUUAGUUUGAGUGGAAACAAAAUGAGUUAUGCAUCAUAAAGUCCUGAGAAUUUUUUGUGACAGAAUUGUACUUUGAUAUUGCUGUACAAAUGGUGUCUGUUUUUGGGGUGUAAAAAUAAGUUGAUAGUUUUAGUGUGUGGUUGUCAAUUUUAUGUCUCCUGCCUGUCUUUUGAGGGAGGCAAGCUAAC